CGUCAUCACGCACAUCGUGUAGCAGUGGGGCAACAUGGCUUUGAAUGGAGAUGAAGAAGAUUUCGAGUGGGAGCCGCCGACAGAGGCAGAGAUGAAGGUGAUCCAGGCUCGCAGGGAACGACAAGACAAAAUCAGCAAGCUGAUGGGAGACUACCUGCUGAAAGGAUACAAGAUGCUGGGAGAGUGUUGUGACGUUUGUGGGACUAUUCUUCUUCAAGACAGAGGGCAGAAAAACUACUGUGUCUCCUGUCAAGAGCUGGACUCUGACAUUGACAAGGACAACCCUGCUCUGAAUGCCCAGGCUGCCUUGUCCCAGGUGAGAGAACGGCAGCUUGCAGCCCAUUCCCCGGCUCCGUCCCAGGCCCAUGAACUUAAUGGCGGCCCCAGCAACACCCCGGCGAGCGUGUCGGUUCCUCAGCCCAGACCGGAGCAUUGUGAGGGCGCAGCCGCAGGAGGAAGAGCCCUCCUGCCUCCGCCUGCCGCGGUUCCUCCUCCUUCGCCCAUCGUUCCUGCUGUCGCCCCGACCCUGGCCCCCAGCCGGCCCUCAGUUCCCCCGCAGAACCCGGCCCUGCGACCUUUGCUGCACGAAGCCGAGGAAGCUGUCCUCACCAAACUCCGCUGGGCCACCACUCAGUUACAGAGCUCGGCCUCACUGGAGUCCAGCAUCCAGCUGUGCAGCCUCAUCACCAGCUGUGCCAACUCACUGCGCAGCCUCAAGGAGCUCAGCCAGUAACCACAGCAGACGGACCGAAAGCGCGCAGUGAUCACAACACUGCUUCUACUUGCCUCUGUCUUGAGAUACUGACGCUGGAUCAGCGUCUCUCUUUGGCUGAAUCUUUGCUAUGUGCUGAACUCAAAAUUGGUCAGAAAAUGCACUUGAAACAAGAGUAAAAAGUCAAAAAUGUACAGUUCUUUGGCUGUUCCGUCAGUUUAUAAAUGAUAUAUUGCUCUCACAGACUUGACAUUUGCUGAAGCGUAUUAUGUCUGUUGAUUUAAAACUACCUGACCGUUUCAGCUUUUUAAAUGAAGCUUCACCUGCUACAACAGCAGCCAGUGUGCGUCCAUUCAUAACUUGCUCUGCUUAAUCCAAAAUGGCUUCUGUGUUUUCAGCUGGGAAUAUAUCACGUGUGUGUUGCAAAUGUGGUUUCUAAGUCUAAUUUGAACGAAUGCUUGAAUUCCAGUGCACAUGUUUGGGAAAACAUAAUUGCAACAUGUUAGAAAAUAAAUGCUGUCGGUUUGUUGUUAAGGACAUUGGGCCUUUCUGCUUGGAUCAGAUGUAUUUGCUGCACAGUUGUGUCUUUCAGUGAUCAGAUGAGAGUGCAACAUCUAGGAGCCAAACUAAUAAUUCAUGAAUAAAAACAUCCAGACUGUUCAUGUGAUCAGUUGUUGGAAACGGUUCAAGCCUUCU